GAGGCAGGUGCCUCUGUUGCCACACUGUUUGGAGGCAGGUGCCUCUGUUGCCACACUGUUUGGAGGCAGCUUUAACAGUUCCCACACUGUUUGGAGGAAGCUGCCUCUGUUGUCACACUGUCUGAGAGCAACUACUGCUGUUUUUGACUUAUUCCUGGAGAUUUGGACUAGUUAUUGAACGUCUACUUACUUGUUAUUGUUUUCCGGGGCAUGGUGUUUAGGGGUUUAGUUAAACUUUAGUAAGAUUUUAUGGGACCAUGCCAUGUUAAUUCUUUUAUUUUUGUCUACUGAUCAUUUAUACGAUGUGCCUGUGCCACACUUCAGACUCCUAACAGCGACACAGAACAAAUAACAAUAUGAAUAUUUAUGUAGCCUAUUGUGCUUAUCUUUAUCUGAGUCAAUAUCUGGUCACUUCUGCAUUUCCACAAAUUACUCAAAAAAAUAUAAUAAAAGGCGAUUAUUUACACAUUAUGAAAGUCUGUCAUCAAAAGCUAAAUUUUUUUAAUUUUUCAAGUUGUACUUGGUAACCUUGGUGGAGAUGAACUUGAAAUAACUGGUUAGCCAGGAAAGUAAAAAUAACAGUUUGCUUCAAUAUCAGUACAUUUGACUUUAUUUUAACAAGAUAAGCCAGCCUGUAUCAAUAUUGCUGUCAGUUAACUGAAUUCAUAUAAAUACUGACGACAUGAGAAUAAAACUUGGUUCAAGUAACUUAUUUAACUAAGAGUCCUUGGAGAAUGUCUACGAGAUCCCAUCAUAAGGAAAACGUUUGGGCCAAAGUCAACUAAUGAUAAUAAAUAAAACUGUAAAUGUUUUAUAUGCAAUUGGAAAGUAACAUUUUGAGUCUCUCUUUGCUGUCUUGUAACACUAAAACAUUGAAUAUAUUUAUUCAGCCUUGAGAGAAUAAAAAUAAAUGGAGAGUGUGCCUGGUCCGACCGUUGCUAAAAACUUUGUUCCUUUGUGGUAUUUCCAUCUACUUUGGUAAAGUUGUAGUCAAUAAAUUGCUACAUGAGCAGUGGCAUCUCUGUGCAUCAUUGCUAUCAUGGAGUUCUCAUUCACCAUCUUAUGUAGAAUCGAAGGCAAGGAUACUAAACUUUUCUCUUGGUUUAUCACAUUUUACUCAGCACAGUAUCAGUCACACUGUAACUGAUAUUUGUCAUUUUGAGUCCAUUACCACAAGGCAUCAGUAGAAGGACAGGAAAGAUGUGUAUUGAAGGAGGACACAUGCAUGAUUAUUUUCCUCCUCUAGUCAAGUCCUCGCUCCGCAGUACAGAACCACUUCCGUUAGAACCCCUUCACAACAAAAGUCCCAACAGACACACUGCUUAUAACAGGAAACACACACCAACCUUUCACAAUAAAGCAACUAACUAGCUUUAGUUGCUCUCAGACAGUCUGACAACAGAGGCAACUGGCUUUAAUCCGAGGGGCAUCAGAGGCAGCUGCCUUUACAUAUCAGUGGCAGUUUCUGUUGACAGCGGAAGUGCCUGUACGAGCUGCCGCUGCCACGAUUCGAGCUUGCCCUUACUGGCAGAGGAGUCGACGCAACAUGGCUGACGUUGAGGAUACACUGAAGAGGAUCGAAACCCAAAAAGGUGUGAUUGGGACAGUAGUUGUCAAUGGAGACGGUAUUCCCAUCAGAACAACCUUAGAUAACUCCACCACAGUCAAGUACGCAGGACUGUUCCGUCAGCUCACCGUGAUGGCCAGGAGCACAGUGAGAGACAUCGACCCCCAGAACGACCUCACCUUCCUCCGCAUCCGCACCAAGAAACAUGAGAUCAUGGUGGCGCUGGAGAAUGACUUUCUGCUGAUAGUCAUCCAGAAGCCAUGUGAAUAGCUGCUGGCAGUUCCAUGAGUCAGCUCUUGGUUUUGUCACAUGGUGCUGCUGUAUCCAGACAAACAGCUGUUAUGUUCCCUUAUGUGCUGCAUGAUCCCUCUUUUGCUGUUUGGAACUGACAUACGUUGAGUACGUCUGUAAAGUUGAGCCGAUGGAUAUUGUACAAUAGAUAAGAAUAGAUUCAACCUCUUCACUUUGGUAAAUGUGACCAAUUCAGUGAAAACCCUGAAUAAAUUAGAGGUGAAAUAAGAUGCAUCCACUAUUUCAUACUAUGCAAAUAAUAAAUACAUUUAUAGAAGAUGUAUAACAAUG